AUGUUUUUCCUGCAGAUCAGCCUCCGCCGUGCUCCACUACUCUACAGCAGCCUCCGCCGUGCUCCACCACUCUACAGCAGCCUCUGCCGUGCUCCACCACUCUACAGCAGCCUCCGCCGUGCUCCUCCACUCUACAGCAGCCUCCGCCGUGCUCCACCACUCUACAGCAGCCUCCGCCGUGCUCCACCACUCUACAGCAGCCUCCGCCGUGCUCCACCACUCUACAGCAGCCUCUGCCGUGCUCCACCACUCUACAGCAGCCUCCGCCGUGCUCCACCACUCUACAGCAGCCUCCGCCGUGCUCCACCACUCUACAGCAGCCUCCGCCGUGCUCCACCACUCUACAGCAGCCUCCGCCGUGCUCCACUACUCUACAGCAGCCUCCGCCGUGCUCCACUACUCUACAGCAGCCUCCGCCGUGCUCCACUACUCUACAGCAGCCUCCGCCGUGCUCCACUACUCUACAGCAGCCUCCGCCGUGCUCCACUACUCUACAGCAGCCUCCGCCGUGCUCCACCACUCUACAGCAGCCUCCGCCGUGCUCCACCACUCUACAGCAGCCUCCGCCGUGCUCCACCACUCUACAGCAGCCUCCGCCGUGCUCCACCACUCUACAGCAGCCUCCGCCGUGCUCCACCACUCUACAGCAGCCUCCGCCGUGCUCCACCACUCUACAGCAGCCUCCGCCGUGCUCCACCACUCUACAGCAGCCUCCGCCGUGCUCCACUACUCUACAGCAGCCUCCGCCGUGCUCCACUACUCUACAGCAGCCUCCGCCGUGCUCCACUACUCUACAGCAGCCUCCGCCGUGCUCCACCACUCUACAGCAGCCUCCGCCGUGCUCCACCACUCUACAGCAGCCUCCGCCGUGCUCCACCACUCUACAGCAGCCUCCGCCGUGCUCCACCACUCUACAGCAGCCUCCGCCGUGCUCCACCACUCUACAGCAGCCUCCGCCGUGCUCCACCACUCUACAGCAGCCUUCGCCGUGCUCCACCACUCUACAGCAGCCUCCGCCGUGCUCCACCACUCUACAGCAGCCUCCGCCGUGCUCCACCACUCUACAGCAGCCUCCGCCGUGCUCCACCACUCUACAGCAGCCUCCGCCGUGCUCCACCACUCUACAGCAGCCUCCGCCGUGCUCCACCACUCUACAGCAGCCUCCGCCGUGCUCCACCACUCUACAGCAGCCUCCGCCGUGCUCCACCACUCUACAGCAGCCUCCGCCGUGCUCCACCACUCUACAGCAGCCUCCGCCGUGCUCCACCACUCUACAGCAGCCUCCGCCGUGCUCCACUACUCUACAGCAGCCUCCGCCGUGCUCCACCACUCUACAGCAGCCUCCGCCGUGCUCCACCACUCUACAGCAGCCUCCGCCGUGCUCCACCACUCUACAGCAGCCUCCGCCGUGCUCCACCACUCUACAGCAGCCUCCGCCGUGCUCCACCACUCUACAGCAGCCUCCGCCAUGCUCCACCACUCUACAGCAGCCUCCGCCGUGCUCCACUACUCUACUAA